GCUCCAGGGGCGGUCGGACGCUGCACUCCGCGGGAACGCCGGGGGCCGGCGGGAGAGCGGCGCGGCCCCGCCGUGAGCGCGGCAGGGCUGGGUCUACGGACCAGGGUAGCCUGUUCUGGAAGGAACCACGUGCGAAAGAGUUCCCCUUCCCAUCUCCUGACCUGUGUGCGCCGCUGAAAGCCAGAGGAGGAGCUCGGCAGGAUGAAGCCGGUGAUCGUGGUGCACGGUGGAGCUGGCCGGAUCUUCAGAGAGCGAGAGGAGGGAUGCCGGGCUGGGGUUGUCAGAGCUUCGCUGCGAGGUUACGCUCUCCUGAAGAAGGGAGGCACUGCCGUAGAUGCAGUUGAGGAGGCAGUACGGUCAAUGGAAGAUGAUCCUCAUUUUAAUGCAGGUUGUGGAUCUGUUCUAAAUGAAAAAGGUGAAGUAGAAAUGGAUGCCAUUAUCAUGGAUGGAAAAAAUUUAGACUCUGGAGCAGUGUCUGCAGUUAAGUGCAUAGCAAACCCAAUAAAACUUGCUCGACUUGUUAUUGAAAAGACAAAGCACAUGCUGCUGACUGACCAUGGUGCACACCUGUUUGCUCAGGCCAUGGGUAUUCCUGAAAUUCCAGGGGAGAAACUCAUAACUGAGAGAUCCCGGGAGAGAUGGAAGAAGAACCUUGAGCCAGAUUCCAACCCCGAAGAGUUUCAGAAAGACCUGGGAACAGUCGGUGCUGUUGCUAUAGACAGUGAAGGCAAUGUAGCUUGUGCAACAUCCACAGGAGGACUCUCUAAUAAAAUGAUUGGCCGUGUUGGUGACACAGCAUGCAUAGGAAGUGGAGGUUAUGCUGACAACCAUUCUGGUGCCACUUCAACCACAGGACAUGGGGAGAGCAUUAUGAAAGUGGUCUUAGCCCGACUGAUUCUCUAUCACAUGGAGCAAGGAAUGUCACCAGAGGUUGCAGCGGACACUGCGUUAGACUACAUGAAGACACGAGUUGGGGGUUUGGGGGGUGUCAUUGUUGUCAGCAAGGCAGGAGAGUGGGCAGCAAGGUUCUCCACCAAGCAAAUGUCCUGGGCUGCUGUAAAGGAUGACAACCUGCAUUAUGGCAUUUAUGCUGGGGAGAAGCAUAUAAAGUCUGUUGAUGAAGCUCUUGCGUCUGAAAGGGAGGGAUUCUAAGAGUGAAGAAAUGAAGAUCUCCAGUUUUUGCUGGAGGACUAUGACAGUUGAUUUUGUCUUUCUGAAAGAUCUUUUGGUUCACAGGCAUUACCACAUUUACAGUCAAAACAAAAUCUGGACAUUAUUCUUUGGUGGGCAUGUGUAUAUGUAGUCUUUUAAUACCUUUGUGAAAUCAGAUACUCCUUUUUUAGAUAAGAAAGAGAAUGGUCUGUAGGUUCCUUGGCUGUCAUGCCUUAAUCUUACAUUAAAGGGAGCCUGAGUUUCAGUAUUAGAGAAACUCCUUUCCACAUCCAUUCUCAGAGACUCCUACCAGGAUAAUUUGAGAGAAAAAUACCUAUUAAUUAAAAGCUGAAUUUUGAAAAUCCAGAGUCUUUUGAGCAGCCGUGUCAUGGUACCAGCUUGCUAAUGGUCAGUGAAAUACCACCAAAGAGCAGGGAAGAGUUGAGAUUAAAAUUGUUCCCACAGGCUUGAGGUAACUUGUCACAGGAUAUAAUGAAGUAAAGAAAGUAACUUUCUCCAGAGAAGGGAAAGGUGAUGCUAAGGAGCUCUAAUUCCAUUUAUUGACAUCACAACCAAGUAGGCUAGAAUGUUUCAAACUGUAUGUGGAUAGUUAACAGGAAAGAUACUAUGGACUUGGUAUCUGGGGUAGUAAUAGAGAAGGUUGUGCUUUUAAUAAAAAUAACAGCAAUCUUUUCUACUCAAAUGCAAAGGUGAUAGGCACCUUUUAGGUCAAAACAUGAGACAGAGAUGCUGAUUAACCGGAAAAAUAAUUAUCUGAAAGUAAGUGAUCAAAGCAAGUUGUACUAAAAUAAAUAAAACUGCCUGUUAACAA